GCCCCGCUUUGUGGCGGCGGCCCCGGCCCCUCGCUGCCUGUUGCGGCCGGAGGGGCGGGGGGCCCGGCCCGCAGCUCCCCGCUCCGCCGAGCCCCGGCCCGCAGCGCCGAGCCGAGCCCCGGCCCGUGACAGCCGCCCCCGUCUCCAUCCCCGCCUCACAAUGACCCCGCGUGGUUCCUCUCCCACUCUCCAGCUCCGGCCUCUUUCUCCUGCUGAGAUUGUUUUUGUUUUUAACUUCCCCUCCUCCACCCCACCCCAUGCUUUGUUUUUUUUUUCCCCCCCGUUGCGGUGCCCUCCGAACUCCGAGUGCCCCCGAGCCCCGUCCGUGCGCUGAGAUCUCCGCACCCCCGGGGCUCCGUUUGGUGCCCCUGUUGUCCCGCCGGUGCCGGUCGUUUGACCCCCCCCGGGGAUCUCUGCCUCGGGAUUCCCCCCCAGGCGGGCCCAGAGGGGGUGAGACCCCCGUUGGAGGCGGGGGGAGGUCGGUGGGAGGCCCCUUCCCCUCCCCCGACCGGCCACCGCCUGAAGCUCCCUUUGGUUCCCCCUCCAGGCUUCAGCCAGGGGGGUCCCGCGGGCAGCUCCACCAUGUCGGACAGUGACCCGGGGGACGAGGACGGCGCCACAUCCCCUGACCCCUCGCAGUGCAAGAGGAAGAGAAGGGGCAACCUCCCCAAGGAGUCGGUGAAGAUUCUGCGGGACUGGCUGUACGAGCACCGCUUCAACGCCUACCCCUCGGAGCAGGAGAAGCUCAGCCUCUCGGGGCAGACCAGCCUCUCCGUGCUGCAGAUCUGUAACUGGUUCAUCAACGCCCGGCGGCGGCUGCUCCCCGACAUGCUGCGCAAGGACGGCAAGGACCCCAACCAGUUCACCAUCUCCCGCCGCGGGGCCAAGGCCGCCGAUGGGGCCGUGCCGCGGGGCGCCGCCGCCGGCCCCGGGGUGCUGCUGGUGCCGCCCGCGGGCGCCUCCAAGGUGCUGUCCAUGUCGGUGUGCCCGCAGGUACUGUGCCACCCGAGGCGGGCGCUGGCCGUGGUGAGCGCCCACAGCCCCGAGUGGGAGAAGCCCCCCGGGCCCGAGGCCGUGGCCAGGGCGGGCCCCGGCGGCAGCACCCUGACCCUGCUGGCGCGGGCCGAGGCGGGCAGCCCCACACCCGGACUCUUCAACACGCCGCCCCCGACGCCCCCCGAGCUCUUCGGGGACGACUUCAGCAGCUUCCAGCUGCUGGUGGAGGUGGCCCUGCAGAAGGCGGCCGAGCUGGAGCGGCAGCGGCAGGGGGGGCAGCUGCCCGCGGCUCCCCGCGCCGAGCCCCCCGGAGCCUCCAAAUAGCCCCGGCCGGGCCCGCAGGGUGCCCUUCCCCGGGGGCCCGACCCUCCCGGCCGCUGCCGCACCCCCACAGCCCGUCCCAGGAGCGGCUCUGGCGUCUCUCGGCAGCCAAGGCGGCAGAGGAAGGCCGGUCCCACCCGCCAUCCUCCCGUGGAGAUGCCCUGGCUGCCGAGCACGGUGCCCCGCUCUGUGCCCACACCUCGGCGCUGGCAGUGCCCUGUCCCUGCCGCACGGCUGGAGCGGGCACUGGAGCUCUCCUGGAAAACCUGCUGAUCAUCUCUCCUGCAAACAUGGGUCCAGCCAGCACCGUUCCUUCAGGGAGACAGAAAGAACCUGUUUUUUUAAUGCCAGUGGAAGGACUGUGGAUGAAGAGCUUUGUCUCCCAAAUCUCCUUUCCCCUUGCCAACCUUCCCCCCCGGCCCCACUUUUGUUUUUGGGGUGAUUUUCUGUUUCCCGGUACUGGCCAAGUGGCCUGCCUUGCCCACGGAAGGGCAAAGGACAGAUGAACUGGAAACAUGGCGUCUGUGGCAUUUUAGCGUGGAAAAAUUAGGACCCUCCUCUUCCUUUUUAGGUUGUUGUGGAUGCUGCCAAUAGAAAUCUCUAUGGUGCUGUUUAGCAAGUUUUUUUGUUGAAACAUUUUCCCUUUAAUUGUGAUUUAUUACAUGAUUAUUACCUUUUUUUUUUUUUUUUUUUUUUUUUUAAAUCUGUAAGCAUUUCCACACCUUCCCUGUGCUCCCCUUGAGUUCAUGCUGAAUAUGUGCACGCUGUGCCCGGAGUGGUGAGCACGAGGCCAAGCCCGGGCAGAGCUGAGACUGUGAAUUUUGUACCCGACUUAAUUUCCUUUUUUAUUUUAUUUCUUUUUUUCCAUAAAACCUUUGGAAAGAGGCGCGGUGGGGGCACGGCCAUGUGCGUCCUGCAAGUGCAGCGCGGUGCGCCCGGGAACCAGCGCGGGGCGGGCGGAGGAUGGAGAUGUCGCUCCGUGUCCCCUCCCCUCGCGGCGUGGCUGUGCGGCGCUGGGGACCUCUAGUGACAAACGGGGGUGGCCGAGCCCGGCGGGGUUCGGGGUUCGGGGGCAGCUCUGGCUGUCCCGGCGCUGUGCCGGGCCCUGCCCGGCCCGAGGAGCGCUGAUCCCCUCGGGAAUCAGCAGAUAAGGCGAUGAUGGGCGGGUAGAGCCGCAGGACCGGGAGCUCUGCGGGGCGUGGGGAGACCACCGGAGGGGACGAGGCUGGAAGGGAAAAGCACUGAUUUCAGGGACUGGUGUGUUCCCACCCCCCGUUUCCUUAGAGGGAAGGUGCUGGGGAGAGGCUGCUGCGGGAAGGGUUCUCAAUAGCGGCACCCGGGCAGUGCCGGGGGGCACUGGGGUGGGUGGGUGCCCAUCCUGUGCCUCUCACCCCCACCUCCAUUUCUGUGUCUAGCCUUCCUUGCCCUUUGUCUCCUUUUCAGGGAAACUCCUCGGGUUUGGGACUCUCACCUUGUCACCCCCCUGCAGCUCUGUCCCUGGCCCGGGGGCAGGGAGUGCCUCCUGCUCUCUUGCCCCACUCAAACCCAAGUGGUUUCCUUCCCCCGAGCUGUGCCUGUGCCAGGGGCUGGAGCUGCUGCCCUGGGAUGGACCAGAGAGUUGGGAGGGCAGGAGUUACUGGAAUUAAAUUUAUGGAGAAAUAACAAACUACUGUAAAUAUCUUUUUGUUUGUUUUUCUAUUGUCAAAUAAAAGGGUUUUUUAGUUUUGGUUGUUAUUUUUAAAUAUGA